AUGUCAGCUCCAUCCCCCAACCUUCAGAGUCAAGCUCCCGCCCAGGUCCGCAACCUCGAAGAACGAGUCAAAGUCGACCAGCUGAAAGAAGCGCUUGAAGAAAUCUUCUCGGAAUAUGGCAACGUCAUCGACAUCGUCGCGAAGACUAACCUGAAGGCCAAGGGCCAGGCGUUUAUCGUCUUCGAUAGUGUUGAGUCGGCUUCGAAUGCCAUUGAUGAGAUUAAUGGGUUCGAGCUCUUUGAUAAGCCGAUGGUGCUGGAUUUCGCGAAAACGAGGAGCGAUGCGACAGUUUUGAGGGAGGGUGGAGAGGAUGAGUUGGAGGCUCAUAAGAGGAGGAGGUUGGCUGAGAAAGAGCGCAAACAAGCUCACGAGGCUCUCGAAGCUCAAAAGAAGCUCAAGCGUCCCCCCGGCGCCCCCGACUCUACGCGUCCGGCCAAAACCGCCAAGGGAGCUGGUCUCAAGCCCACCAGCGGUGCGACGGCGGCUGUCAUCCCGGACGAGUAUCUCCCUCCCAACAAGAUUCUGUUCCUGCGGGACCUCCCCGACACGGCGGACCAGGAGAGUCUUACUGCUGUUUUUGGACGCUUCGAGGGAUUCCAGGAGGUCAGAUUGGUGCCGGGCAGAAAGGGAAUUGCGUUCGUCGAGUACGAGAACGAGUCUGGCGCUAUCAGUGCCAAGGAGGCUACCUCGGGGAUGCCUAUGGGGGAGAGUGGCAAGCCGAUUCGGGUUACUUACCAGAGACAAUAA